UUCAUAAUUCUAAGCCGGUUGCCCCCGCCUUGGCUUACUAUAGUGAGGGACUGUAUAAUAUUUGGAAAUGUCUAUUUGUUCUUAAUAGUAGAAUAAGUGAUUACACUUUUAUUUAAAAACUGUAUAAUUCAUAUGUUUUGUAAGUUUCAUGAAACAAUAUGUUUGGUAAGAAAGAAAAGCCAAAACGCCAGGGAAGACCUGCUAGUAGUCUUGCACAGUAUGGAAUCUUUGAAGUGCCGGAAACUUUUGACGGUUUAGGCAACAAUCUUAUGGGGGAUGAUGAUAAUGAUGAUGAUUUCGAAGCAGAGCUAGCAGCAUUGACAAUUAGCGAUGAUAAUCAAAAACCCAGACGUAAAGCACCCAGGAAACCAAUUCCAAGUGCAGAUCUGGAUGCAAUGAUAGCUCAAAGUUUGAAAGAUCCCGAUGAAGAAGCAUCGGAUAAGGAUGGUGAAUUGUCAGAUGGAGAUGACGAUCCAGAAUUAUUGAAUGAACUUAAGAUGAUCGCAGGCGAUGAAUCUGCUGAGGAAACGUCACCAAUAGAGGAAGAUAGCCCUGAAACAGAAAGUGCAGUGCAAUCUGAAACAAGAACAGAUUGUACAGAUAUGGAAGUUACAAUAAAACUUUUGGAAGAAAGGUUGAGGUUGUACCAAAUUGCUGAAAGAAAAGCAAAACAAGAGAAUGAGUCAAGUCGAGUAAGAAGAUAUACGAGAGGUAUUAAAACACUCAAAGAAUUAUUGACUGAUGCUAAAUCAGGUAAAUCUAUCAAUGAAGAUGAUAUUCCACCACAAUUACCACCAUCUGCAGUUGGAGAAUCAACAGAAAAAGUAGUAGAAAGUUCUAAACCAGAUUCAACAGAAGAGAAAAGUUCUCCAAUUAAUGAUGAUACAACACCACCCCCAGAAACUAAUACUGCCAUAGAAUCUGUUCCAGAAAAAUCUAUAGAUGAAACAGCUUUGAAUUUACUAAAAAGUAGGCAACAAGAAUAUAAAAUAGCAGCAUUAGCAUGGAAGAAAGCUGGUAAUAAAACGGAAGCACUUCAAUGUGUAACUGUAGCGAAGCAGUUUGAUAUAGUCAUAGCAGCAGUAAAUGCAGGAGACUCAGUUGAUUUGUCGGACAUGCCACCAUCUCCAAAUAUGCCCGGGUUAAAUGCUGCUACAGCUACACCAGAAUUGUCAAAAGUUGAAAAUGAAACACAGGGAGAGGCCUCCUCGGAAACAGCACCUGCAGCAGAAACAAAGCCAGCAGGUCCAGAGAAUUUAGAAUCCGCUCUAAGGGAGAGACUUGAAGUGUAUAGAAGAUCAAAAACAGCUGCAGAAACAGAAGGAAAUUCUUCUAAAGCUCGAAGAUACGGUCGUAUAUGCAAACAGUUUGAAGAUGCUCUUAAGUUGUAUGCUCGCGGAAAACCUGUACCCCUAGAUGAACUGCCAGUUCCACAUGGUUUUCCACCACUUGUGACACCUGCACCAGAAGAGGAGAAAUCAGAAGUGCAACCAACACCGUCUAUGCAAAAGACCUCAGACCCAGAGCCAUCUGAAAAUACACAGGGAUCAAAGAGACCUUCAGUUUCUCCAAGAAAUCAAAUAGGGAAAAAAACAAAUCAAAAGAUGACACGUGCAGAUAAACAAACAGCUUUAUUGCAACAGCGUCAGCAUGAGUUGAAGCAAGCCGCUUUCAAUGCAAAGAAGGAGGGAGAUCUAGAAUUGGCACGUAAUUAUUUAAGACAGGCAAAGGGAAUAGAUCCACUGAUCGAAGCGAGUACAGCAGGGUUACCAGUUGAUAUGAAUACUAUACCAUUGUCACCGUUAGCAAAAAUGGAACUCAAUGCAGAUAGUUCAAUAGGGCAACUUGAUGAAAGUUUUGAGUUAGUUAGUAGCGAACAUUGUCUGGAAGAAGCAACAGGAACUGAUGAAGAAAUUUAUGAGAAUCUAGAGGCACAGCUAGUGAAACAGAUGAAGUGGUGCUUAUGUACUAGAGAUCAUUCCAAAGCAUUAGGAGAUGUACCUGGGUAUAAUAAGUGGGAACGAUUCGCAUUAGAUUAUAAACGAGAUUUGGAUAUGUUGAGGGUUCGGAAGCGUGAUGGAUUACCGUCACCACAGCAUCAUUACGAAACAAAAACUUAUGCUAUAGUGCAGAGUUGUACGGAUUUAAACAACAAUGAUGUAGAAAUCUCAAUAAUACGAGGGAUAAAUUAUUCAAAAGAGGAUACAUACGUCAUAUAUGAAUUUCCUUAUCCAACCGAUAAUCCUCCAACAGACAGAACAUCUACUAUUAGAGGAACGUGCAACCCAGAAUAUGAAGCAGUAUUUCGCCUGAACGGAAUAAUAGAUCGUGGCGUACGACAGUGUCAACGAGCUUUUAAAAGACAUGCGCUGAAAUGUCAAGUUUGGACAAAAGGAUGCUCGCUGAAUCCUCUCCUGUGUUGCACUAAUCCAAGUGGAUUCUUUCGAAGUGAUAGCCUGUUAGGUACAGCAACAGUGAAAUUGCAGCCUCUGGAGAGUCAAUGUGUUCUUCAUGAUUCAUUUCCCUUAAUGGAUGGAAGGAAACCAACGGGGGCGAAGUUAGAACUGAAAAUUCGAUUGAGAAAUCCAGUUCUGACUAAACAAAUAGAACAAAUUACAGACAAAUGGUUAAUUAUCGAUCAUUGAUGCAGCAUUACGAAUUCACCUUAUACAUAUUUCUAUUUUUUAAUCAUUGCAUUAUCAAGGCCUUGAACAUGUAUCCGCUUGUUACGAAACAAUGAGCAAUAUAUUAUUUGUUUAAUUCAUAGCUACGCCUAUUAAUGUGAAUAUGUAUAUGUAUAUGUAUAUGUAUAGAACAAUUUAUAUAUUUUAUUACGAGUGUUUAACUUUAAACAAAUACAUAUGGACAUACAAUUUUCUCGAGUGAGCAUAUAUGCACAAUCUAACGUGUAAAUAUCAUAGUAUGUUGCAUACGGAAUUUCUUGCGCGACUGUGUCAUAAUAAUUACACUGGUGAUAAACAGACCAUUAUGCUGGGCUUUAAUACACACGAAAAUGUAAGAUUGUGUUACCCUCUUUUUACGAUUAGCACCGCGAUUUAUGCUUGUAUGUAAGAUAAGAGAGAUUUGUUCGAUCAAUGAUUUUAAGGAACAUUUUUUAAUCACUCAUCGUUAAAUAAAAAAACAUUUAAAAAUCAAAA